CUCUGUAGCUGCAGCGCCAUUCGCAAUCCACCCCUCGCCGAGCUCCAGACACACAGCGAAGCUUUAGACACAUCCCAACAGACAUGAGCUACCGCGGUAUGAACCCCAACGCCGAGAUCGUGAGCAAGUCGCAGGCGCUCAUGGUCAAUGUGAGCGCGUCCAAGGGUCUUCAGGGUGUGCUCAAGUCCAACCUCGGACCGCGCGGCACACUCAAGAUGCUGGUGGGUGGCGCUGGACAGAUUAAACUCACCAAGGACGGCAACGUGCUACUUCACGAGAUGCAGAUCCAGCACCCGACGGCAGCACUAAUUGCUCGUGCCGCCACGGCCCAGGACGACGUGACGGGCGACGGUACCACUUCCACCGUGCUGUUCAUCGGCGAGCUGCUCAAGCAGGCGGAGCGCUUCCUGGCUGACGGUCUGCACCCGCGUAUUCUGUCGGAGGGUUUCGAGCUCGCCAAGGACGAGGUUCUGCGUGUGUUGGACGGCAUGAAGAUCACGCCUGAAGACAUUCUUAAAGACCGUGAGCUUCUCUGCAGCGUCGCACGCACUUCGCUGCGUACAAAGUUGGACCAGAAACUCGCUGAUCAACUCACAGAGAUCAUCACGGACGCCGUACUGACCAUCGCUGUGCCUGAGCGCCCCAUCGAUCUGCACAUGAUCGAGAUCAUGCACAUGAUGCACCAGAGCAGCAGUGACACUCGUCUUGUCAAGGGUCUGGUACUGGACCACGGCUCUCGCCACCCGGACAUGCCUACAUCGCUUGAGAACUGCUACAUCAUGACGUGCAACGUGUCGCUGGAGUACGAGAAGAGUGAAGUGAACUCUGGUUUCUUCUACAACAGCGCCGACCAACGCGAGAAGAUGGUGGAGGCUGAACGCAAAUUCACGGACGACAAGGUGCGUCAGAUCAUCGAGUUGAAGCGCGAGGUGUGCACGGAGGAGAACAAGAAGAGUUUCGUGAUCAUUAACCAGAAGGGCAUUGACCCUCUGUCGCUGGACAUGCUGGCCAAGGAGGGUAUUCUCGCUCUGCGUCGUGCUAAGCGCCGUAACAUGGAGCGGAUAACGCUGGCUUGUGGCGGUAUGCCCAUCAACUCGACCGACGAUAUGGACGAGUCUAUGCUGGGUUACGCCGGUAAGGUGUACGAACAGACUCUCGGUGAGGAGCGCUACACGUUCGUGGAGGACGUUCAGCACCCCAAGUCGUGCACUAUCCUGAUCAAGGGCCCGAACGAGCACACGAUCGCGCAGAUCAAGGACGCUAUUCGCGACGGUGUCCGUGCUGUCAACAACGCUGUCGAGGACAAGGGUGUCGUUCCCGGUGCUGCUGCCUUCGAGUUGGCUGCUCAUGAGGCUCUCAACAAGUUCAAGGGUACAGUGAAGGGCCGUGCCAAGCUCGGAGUGCAAGCGUUCGCGGACGCUCUGUUGGUGAUCCCUAAGGUGCUGGCGGAGAACUCUGGACUUGACGUGCAGGACACUCUGAUCGCUGUGCAGGAGGAGCACCAGAACUCGGGUAUGCCCGUGGGUAUCGACCUCUUCUCGGGCGAACCUAUGCUACCGGAGCAGGAGGGAAUUUGGGACAACUACCGGGUCAAGCGUCAGUUUAUCCACCUCGCUACGACACUGGCGUCGCAGCUGCUGCUGGUUGAUGAGGUUAUGCGUGCUGGCAAGCAGAUGGGCGGUGGCGGCAUGCCCGAGCAGUAAAUAGGUGGGCGGACGCGUAAGUAGUUUAUUUCCCCCACUAGUCCAUCCACUCUUUACUCGCCGAGUCAUAAUAAACCGAGAAACCCCACAGUCACGAAGCCGCUUUUUUUUGCUGUUGUUGCUAUAUUUUCCUGAUAUUUUUCAGCGCACAAACAAUAGAUAAAACACCAGGAUAUCGGUGAUUGACAGAGCUGCGAUGACCAUGUAGAG